UUAGGUUUUGAGCAAUACUCAACAGGGAUGGAUCUAAUGUUACUAACCCCUAACAGUAUCUGAACCACCACUUGCCGCCGGCGGCAUGGGAUUCCUUUCCCCACCACGGCUAUAUGAAGGCUGGAAUGAAAUCCUGAAAAUCCAGAAAUUCCGAAGAAUGGUAUCUUAUGCAGGAUUUUACUGUUUCGUCACACUCAUCAGCUACGCCUACACCAAUAACACAACCAGAGCUGGAUACUCGAGGGCUGACCAAUUCUAUGCAUCUUAUCCAGCCGGAACCGAGCUUCUAACUGACACUGAAGCUUUGUAUAAAGCUGCACUUGGCAAUUGUUUUGAACAAGAGGAGUGGGGACCAGUUGAAUGGAGCAUUAUGGCAAAACAUUUUGAACGCCAAGGGAAGUCACCGUAUGCAUAUCAUUCAAAAGUGCCAUUUGCAGUCCGUAUCUCCUGGGUCAAUCAUACAAUUCCACUAUGAAAAGUUGAAGAGCAUAUUACCACAUACCACAUAUAUGUUAAAACAUAAAAUACACCAAUUGUGUUUGACCAUGCAGUCCUUAUAUUUCGUGCCCAAAUUUUGUGUAAAUCAAGUGUCCAUAAAAUAUUUUCAUGCAGUGACUGGUGCUGACCUGAAAUAUUAACAUAGGAAGUGAGAAUCAAUCUAAUCUCAGUGGGGUCAGGCGGCUGUAAAAUGUUGUGUUGUUCACCUCCUGAAAUCCUAAAAUUGUAGAAUGGAAAAACCUCAAUAUAUCCGGGAAACAGUUUGCUUUAUAGCUUUUAUGCUUCUAUGGUUGAGAUGAUUGUAUCAACAAGUUUACCGCAGUCCUGAAUAGAAUUUGAAGCAAAAGUUGGUGUCCAUUUCUAUAACGUAGUUGGGCAUAAUUAGUAACGGCUUCUGCUUUCCUUGUCAAUCUACGUCACUAGGAUCCAAAACUGCAUCACAUUUUUAUCUUGUUUGUUUGUGGCCUUCUACUGGAUUGAGUCUAACCAUUUUGGUUACGAGUAAUGUAUUAUCCUCUUGUUUCUAAUCAUUCUUCACUUGGUAUUUCUUCCUUCGUGUUACUAAGAUUUACAUUGAACUGAUUCUUUGAACUGAAAGUUUUGCCUGCUAGUUAAUACUUACCCGGCUUUUUACAUGUGAUUUUCAAGUACACAAUCAUGCAAUAGGUGAAUAUGAUACUAUGAAAACAAUAUAUCUGCUUGAUAUAAUGUCUGUUCAACCAAAUUGAGGAUCAGAGCCUAAGGGAACCUCGGCAUUAAAUUCCUAGUUCAAGCACGAUAAUUGCUAGCUCUUAUCUGUUUUUGCACUUUUUUUUUCUUUUUUUUUCGUGAGUAACCACUUCUGGGACGCGCCUAAAAAAUUUGGUUGAGACCUUGAAAUUCCUGAUUUAGUUUUGAUAUCCGUUCUUGACGUAGGGGUCUUUUAAGCCAAUUUGUUUAUUAGACUAGGUGAACAUUGACAAUACCUGUUCUACUUCAGAGAGUUGAUAAACACUUUAGGUUAUUCUUAAGCUGCUGAUUUCCUGGUUGAUAGCCUCUAACCAACUCGUGAAAGAAUUGUUCUUAGAGUCGAGAUGGAUCGACUUUGUAAUUCGAUUUUGAAAUUUUCUUUCGUUCAAAGACAAAUUGCGUGUUCUGUUCUGAGAAUUGUAACAUCUAUCUUCUGAAUAGAGUGCAUGCCAUGUUU